AUGGCAUCGUAUCUAGGCCUACCGACCCCCCUUGUGAAGCCCGUCGCCGCCCUUGCUGGCUGGACUUUCGUGAUGGAAGCCUUCAUGUAUGCUACGCGAAUUCCAGCGAUGCACAAGUAUGAGGUUUCCACGGAUCCAGACAAAGUCAAAAACGACUUGAAUACCAAAGUGCCCAUGAAUAUUCGUCAAAUCGCUGAUAAUUACAACCAUCUCCAUGAACAGCCAACCACGUUCUACGCUGUGGCUUUGGCUCUAACCAUCGUCGGCGACAAUCACCGAUAUACGAAGUAUGCAGCCUGGAGCUACGUCGGGAUCAGGAUCGUGCAUUCGCUGUUCCAGUCUUUGGUCAACAAGGUCAUGGUCCGAUUUUCUAUGUUCGUUACGAGCUCGGCUGUGCUGGCCGGUCUGACUGGACGCCUUGCACAGCUGGUUUUCUAG